AUGGGAGUCGACAUCCAACACAACAAGGACCGAAAGGUUUGGCGCAAAGAGCCCAAGAGCCAGGACAUCUACCUGAGGCUGUUGUUCAAGUUGUACAGGUUUCUGGCCAGAAGAACCAACUCCACCUUCAACCAGGUUGUGCUGAAGAGGUUGUUUAUGAGUUGCAGCAACUGGCCACCACUGUCCCUUUUCCGGAUGAUCCGGAAAAUGAAGUUUCCUGGCAGGGAAAACAAGACUGCGGUGGUCGUAGGGACCAUAACAGAUAACAUGCGGGUUCAGGAGGUACCCAAACUGAAGGUAUGCGCACUGUGUGUGAGCAGUUGGGCCUGCAGUCGCAUUCUCAAGGCAGGGAGCAAGAUCCUCACCUUCGACCAGCUAGCCCUGGGCUCCCCCAAGGGCCACGGCACCAUCCUGCUCCCUGGUCCUCAUAAGGGCCAGGAGGUGUACAGACAUUUCGGCAAGACCCUGGGAACCCUGCACAGCCAUACCAAACCCUAUGUCCACUCCAAGGGUCAGAAGUUCAAGCAUGCCAGAGACCGGUGGACUAGCCGCGGCUACAAAAACUAA